CUCGACCGAGAGCGACGCUACGAAGAGCGAAGGAGCGAACAGACCAGCUGGAGUAAAGUUAGAAGAAGUUAAAAUAUUUCAAAGGGGCAAGGAAAGGAUGGAGGGAAGAAGUAGAUAAGUAUGAGAACAAGCACGGGGGAGACACGGAGAAGGGAAUGUUCGUCGGUAAUUGACAAGCGCCGGGGACUGAAGACGAAACCUCGGCUCAAUGAGAAGAAGCGCAACCUCCGAGAUUUCCCUAACGGGGUUUUUUACUACAUAUCUUGGAUGGCAAAUCAUGUGAUGAUCUGCUUUUCUCUUUCUUCUCUACACUUGUUUGUUAUGGUCUACAUUGUCUAUCUCGCGGUUUGCUUUCUGUUCAAAUAAUAUGGGGCAUUACAGCUCAUCGAUUGCCGUCAUACUUCGGACAAUUCAUCUUGCAUUUCAACGCUAGACAGGUACAAUACCCACCAU